UCAUCCUUCUUUUGUUGACAAAUUACUUAUGGUCAGGUUUAGGGACAACUUAACUUGUAUGGUUUGGAUCGAAAAAGCGAGAUGGAUUGAGUUCGGUUUCUUGGAAUCUUGAGAGCAAUGGAGGAGCUCUAAAACCAUUUGAAGAUUGCUGCUGAGUUAUUCAAACCUUCAUUUUGAUCAGAAUUUCAUCGUCAUUAUGUGGAUAUUUAAGUGUUCAUGUGUAAGGGGCUGUGUUUAUGCGGAGGAAAGAAAAGUUGCCAUAAGAAAGGUACCCCAACAGGCUAUCUUAGGAGAAGUUCGUCGCAUGGUUGAGGAGAUGCAAACUCUAAAUAAGAAGUUAGAGGAAACAGAGUCUGCCAUUGAAGAAUACUUCAAGCCAAUUCACAAAGAAGCAGAGGCAUUAAUGAAAGUACAACUGGAAGGAGAAGAGAGAAGUAUGAAGAACAUGGUUAAAGUGAUGCAGCCGCAGGCUUUGUUUGAAAAAGCUGAGGUCGAUGAAACAGUGAAGAAUUGUGCAUAUACGUGAAAACGAGGCUUCUUUAGACUAUGUUUAUAAAUAAUUUGUUAAAUCAAUGAUGGUCGAGGUGAAAUUUCAACUCACAAAUCUCGACUAAUCGAAUCUCUAGUUCUUUUCAUGUUUUGUCUUCCAA